AUGAAGGGCAACAGUCGUCACCUUCGGUGGCACCGCGACCCCCCAGCCCCGCAGUCGCCCACCUCCAAGGCCACGGCAAAAUACACAAACAAAGAUGGGUCCAAGUUCAUUACGGUUCCCAAGGGGUCAACCCCAACCGACUCGGCCCAGCCGUCCCCGACGAUCACCACGGCUGCGAACGCUGCUCCUGGUCCACAGUCGACAUCUACCUCGCAUACACAAGGUCACGGUCAAGGUCGGGUGGAGGGACAGGUGCAACCCGUCAACAAGAAGAAGGCAAAGCGGCGGCAAAAAGCUGCGGCAAAAGCGGCUGCUACCCAAGGCGUCGCCAACUUAGCACCCUUGAAUGGCUUUCCGAGCCCUUCCCCGUCAAAUGCGCAACAAUCCACAGAGGCCGACCACGACGACAGCCACGAUGAGCGUCCAGAAGAGUUCAAUGACCACAGAGAUUCGCAUACUUCGAAUACCCACGAGAAUGGCUUUGCGCAAGGGGCGGCUUCCGGUUCUAAAAAGUCCAAGAAAAAGAAGAAAAAGGGCAAUGCUGGUCAAACUACAACCGAACCGCCGCAUAGUCCUCACCAUGACGCCUACGUCCCUGCGCCCCAUUUGUCCCAACAGCAGCGUUCGGGCAUCUCCAAGGAAAAGAUCUGGAACACCAGCUCUCAGGAGGAGCGGGAGCGCAUCAAAGAAUUCUGGCUGGGGUUGAGCGAGACAGAACGCAAGGAUCUCGUCAGGGUCGAGAAGGACGCUGUGCUAAAGAAGAUGAAGGAGCAGCAGAAGCACACAUGCAGUUGUACUGUGUGUGGAAGGAAGCGGACGGCUAUCGAAGAGGAGCUAGAGGGCCUUUACGAUGCUUACUACGAGGAAUUGGAACAGUACGCAAACCAUCCCAACCAGGGCGAAGCGCCUCCGAUGUUGGGGCGACGCCCCUCGUUCGGCUCCAUGACCGGUAUACGCCCGCGUGGCCUCCCCACAAGCUAUUCAAGUCACCACCAGCCCUCACAUGGGCAAAUAGUCGACCAUGGUGCCGAAGAUGACGAGGAGGAAGAGGUUGAGGAAGAGUACAGCGAGGAUGAGCAGGAGGAGGAUGAUUACAGUGAUGAUGAGCCUUCAGAAGAACUGCACCGGUCCGACUACCCGGCAGACUUUUUUAAUUUCGGAAAUAGCCUGACUGUGCAGGGUAGGGACAGAUUCCCCAUUCUUCCCUCUUUUCUACAGAGUAUUCCCUCUCCGGGGACUAGCAAUAACGCUUAUGGCUCAUCUUCUUUAGGCGGGAUCCUAACCGUUGCCGACGACCUGCUGAAGAAUGACGGCAAAAAAUUCAUCGAAAUGAUGGAGCAGCUCGCCGAGCGGCGCAUGGCUCGCGAGGAGGAUGCGAGGGAGCAGUUUACUAGCCCCUUCCCUCACACCAAUGGCGCCGACCGCAAUGCCCAUUAUCACCCGCCGGCCGAUGAUGAGGUAGACGACGACGACGAAUACGACGACGACGAUGACGAAUAUGACAACGAGGACGAAGAGGAUUAUGACAGUCAGGACGAAGAGGAAACCAUGACUGAGGAGCAGCGCAUGGAAGAAGGCCGCCGCAUGUUUCAAAUCUUUGCUGCCAGGAUGUUCGAGCAGCGGGUACUCACUGCAUACCGUGAAAAGGUCGCUAGGGAACGGCAGAACAUGCUGCUCGAGGAAAUAGAUGCCGAGAUAAGGCGAACCGAAGAACGCCAGGUCAAAAAGCAGAAGGAGGCCCAGAAGAAGAAGGAACGGCAGGCGAGGCAAAAAAAGCAGCAAGCCGAGGAGAAGGCACGCCGUGAAGAGGAGAAGAUAGCUGAGGAGAAAGCGAAGAAAGCCGAGGAAGACCGGCAAAAAGAACUGAGGAGGCAGCGAGAAGAGGAAAAGAGGAAACAGAAGGAGGCUCAGAAGAAGGCGGAGGAGGAGGAACGAAAGCGCAAGGAAGCUGAACGCCAACGACGCAAUCAUGAGCGAGAGGAAAACGAGCGCAAAGCACGAGAGGCCAGGGACCGGGAGAAGAAGGCCCGCGAAGAAGCACGUCUCAAGGAGAAGGAGGCCCGCGAGCAAAAGGAAAGGAGGCAAGGGAACAAAAGGAGCAGCAGGAACGCGACAAGAGGGAAAAGGAGGCCAAAGUCAAGUCGGAGAUGGAGGCUGCGAAGGCGGCCAAGGAGAAGUCAAAGCAGGAAGACCGAGCAGCGCAGAAGGCUGUGGCUCUCGCAACAACAGCCCCUGUGCCUAUAA